UAAAUACUGUACGUGUAACGAAACGUACAAAGGCAUGGCGCCAGCCGCCAGCACCGUUGCGACACAAUAGCGUGACAAGUCAUGUCAUUUUCUCUCAUGAUACAUGAAAAAAUCCAAUGGCAGAUUCUUUUUUCGGGUUCGAUACUUCGUUAUCGAACUUAAAUGACGAUGAAGGUGGGGGAGAACCUUCGGAGGACGAGUAUGAUGCUCUUAAUGAUGAGACCUUUGGACAAGACUCCGAGGACUUUGACUGGGAGGUGGAACAUGAACAGCUGGCGGGACAGUUGGAGAGCAGCCGCAGAUAUUCCAUUCUUGAUGAUGCGGAUUCACAUCUUGAGGCAUCACUAUCCCAGCUAGUCCUCGAUGAGACUGAUGCUCCUCUGUCUCGCAGCCUCGGAUCCAGUGUGUGGCGACAUGAUCCACCUCUGUCCACUCCAACCUUACCAACACCAGGACCGGCGCUCAAGAAUGUCUGCACAGUUGAAGAGCUGGAAAGACAGCUGCGCCAAAACCAUGCACCGCAAAACUUUACACAGAACUACUUCCAGCCUAGAUUUCCGGUCAUUCUCCAAAGGCCGCCCGGACUUCAAGCACCGGUGCCGCCACCAUUUGCACCAGUGCCGAUGCAACAAUCAAGUAAUGUACCGCCAAUGAGCCAAUCUCAUAGUAAAAUGAUGGCUUCGAACAACCAGAUGGGACAAAAUAACUCGAUGAUGAACCAUAUGACACAAAACAUCAACAUGAGUCAAAAUGUAAAUCAAAUGGGGCAAAAUAUAAACCAAAUGGCACCUAAUGUAAAUCAAAUGGGCCAGAAUGUGAACCAGAUGGGGCAAAAUAUGAACCAAAUGUGUCAGAACAUGAACCAGAUAGGACAAAAUAUGAACCAAAUGUGUCAGAACGUGAACCAAAUGAGUCACAAUCAAUUUAUGCAAAAUUCAAAUCAGAUGCCAUUUCAGAACAACAUGGGACAGGGAAUGAUGAAUCAGAUGCAAAACAUGCAUCAGAUGGGACAAAACAAUGUUAUGCAAAACCAGAUGGGUCAAAGUAUGAACCAAAUGGGGCACAACAUGAAUCAGAUGGCCCCAAACGUUAACCAAAUGGCGCCAAAUAUAAAUCAGAUGGGACAAAACGUGAAUCAAAUCAGGCCGAAUAUGAACCAAAUUGGUAAAAAUAUAGGGCAGAUGGGGCAAAAUCAAAUGAUCCCAAAUGGUAAUCAAUUUGGUAUGAACCAGUUUUCCCACAACAUGAUGUCUCAACCUAGGAUGAUGCCACCUCCUGGCAUGGCCAUUCCAAGGCAGAACUUCAGUCCCAACAUGAAUCAGUUUAAUCAGAAUUUUCGUGGUCCAUCAAUACCACCAAAAAACGAGCAACCAAUAACCCAACCCAACAUGAUCAUGAACCAGCCGAUUAAACAAAUGAACCAAAUAAAUCAGAUAAACCAAAAUAUAAAUCAACAAAUAAAACAGAAUCUGAACCAAUCGCCACCAAACAAGAACCACUCUCAAAAUUUGAAUCAACCUCAUCAAAGUAUGAACCAACCUGCACAGAAUUUGAACAAACAGGUCCAAAAUUUGAACCACUCCGCUCUAAGUUUGAACCAGUCGGGGCAAAACUUAAUUCACUCUGGUCAGGGUGUAAACCAGUCAGGCCAGAAUUUGAACCAGCCGAAAAUAAAGACCCGAGUGUAUAACAACCAGAACUUAACGUCACAAAACUUGGUUCAGUUAAUUCAGAAUACACAUCCAAUGUUGCAGUUUAACAAUAGCUUCCAUAAUGCGAGCCACCAUCCAAUAUUGAAUAACCGUUUAAUGAAUAACCAGAAUGUGAAUAACCAUCCAAUGUUCAAUAGACAGAAUGGCGCCUUUGGAAAUGCUAGACUUUCAAACAGCGACGACAGUGCGAGUGAGUCAGACGACCCGUACAGCGGGUUGAUGACCCAGCGGGAGAAGCAGUGGCUCAUCAACAUACAGAUGUUGCAGCUCAACACUGGAACACCCUAUAUACAUGACUUCUAUUACACUGUGUUCUUAGAACGGCAGGCGAAUAAGGAGAAGGAGGGCAUCAAGGAAGCUCACAAGGCUAACCAGCAGAACCAUCCCUUCUAUAGUGGAGCAGUGAAUCAAGAGUCGGAGACACACAGACACAACCGCGAGCGACACAACUCGCACCGACACAACUCCACGAGUGAGGACGCACCCCGGACAUAUGUUCCCGCACAGUUCGAGAACUCCCUCGGGAAGCUGCAGUGCGGCAGCGUGACCGCUCCUCGGAAGAUCAUCGACGUGGAGUUGGUGUCGGAGCCGACGGCAGAACGAGCGUCGCGCGCGCCCAGCGUCUGCAGCACUACCACACCCGCAGAGGUGCCGCGUGAAAUGCGACGCACGAAGCAAAUGUUACUAGACAUUGAGGCCUUGUACCUCAUCUUACUGAGGCUGGAGGAACUGAACGACCCGUUGGCGAUAUCCAAUGCUCUCAUACUGAAGGAAAGAGAAGAGAAGCAGAGACUGUUGGAAGCGGCGCAGAAGGAGAUGGAGAACGAGCCAGAAGAAGACUCCAACUCCUUCCUCAAGACCAUAGAGUCUGUGCAGCGGCGGCCCAAACAGGACAGCCCUAAGAGUGAAUGCAUAGACAAGAGACAAGUGGUGAACCUAGCGGUGAGCCAGAAGCCUGUGCCGGUCAAGAAUCUGUUGGACGAAGACAAGGACGAGAUCCUGAACAAGAUGUUUGCGGGCCUGCUGUUUGGUGACAGAGUGCCGCAGAUGAUGACUGUUAGGAAAGGCAGGGUGCUGCUGUCGCGCUUCCUCCUGCGCGUGCCGGCGACGCACGCGCGGCUGCGAGCGCUGUGGGCGCGGGUGCUGCGCGCGCUGCCCGCGGCCUCGCGCCGCGACGACGGCGGGCUGGCGGCGCUGUCGCCGCACUAUCGCAAAUACAUGCAGAACACGACCGGCUGGUCAGCAGUGAUCGAGUCGUGCAGUCACCUGGCCGAGGCACUCGACCCCGCCCGGACGCCGCACGCGCUUACCUCGGCCUUAACCCUAAGCUGCGUGUGCGCGCUCAUGGAGCGGGCCAUCCUGCUGGUGAACACGCCGGACGCCACGGCCAACGAGCGCCAGUGGUACAAGUUCCUCAAGACGCUGGCGCGCGCGCUCAAGAACACGUCGCUGGCCGUGGCGCCGCCGACGCAGCCGCUGCCCGAGCCCAGGGUGAUGCACCACAUCAAACAGCUGGAGUCCAGGUCAACAAUAGAAAUACUUCAGCGGGGAAAGGCGGCGGACUUUGACUUGACUAAAAACGACGUGUCGGAACAGUUGGUCAAACAUCUGUGUUGAUAUUCGAUGACAUUUGACAAAUGUUUGCCGAAUUUGGACAAAUAUUUUAAACACUAUUUGAGGCCGAAUGACUUUGGUCAUAAGUCAUGACUAUGUUUGAUGGUAAUUUAAAUGGUUUGUGUUUGUACGGUCGUGUUGGUGUGUUUUGGAUAAUUCUUUUCUUAAAUUAAAAAAAAAUUUGAUGCAAGCUAUUUAUGUGCGAGUUGUGUUUAUUGAAAAUUAGAAAUGUUAUUAUAUUUUUUUGUAAAUAUAACAUUCAUAAGUAUUUCAUUAGCACUUUGUUGAUUUGAGCAUAAAAAUAUUAAUUAAAAUCGUAAAAAUCAAUAAUUUAUAAAAAAAAAAAAAUGUUUAAAUUAUAACUGGCAAUUAAUUCUUUAAAAUUAAAAAUACAACAUAUUUAAUUAUUAAGACAUAAGUUAGCGGUAGGCAUUUUAGUAAAAUGGUUAUUACAUAUUUAAAAUUGUUUUAAAAAUUAAAUCAUUAAAAAUUAUUGGUUGUAUAAACACUUUAGUAUAUACAUACUAUAUAGCGAUUAUGCAACACUCACUAUAACUCGUUUUGCCUUGAAAUUUAAUUAAAUCAUGAAAUAUAAAGUUUCUUGUAUAAAACAGUACUUAAAUCGAAAAACCAAAGAUCCAUCACGACCGUUUCCAAAGCAGUAUAAACUUUGGGGUAAUUGUGAAAAUGGGGUAAUUGUGAAAAUCGGAAAUUAGCGAAUAUCUACUGAAUUGGCUAAUAUGUUUUUUAGGCAAAAUUAUUUAUUAUAAUGUAGUAAGUUCGUACUAAAGCAUGUCUGUCAGUCAACACUACAGAAAUGCGUUUUGCUUGACAACUACUCAAAGGCAGAUAAUUUAAUAAUUUGAUUUGGCAUUGCCGAUUCUCCUUUAGUUAGUACAUCAACAUGCUUGUAUGUCUGUACUCCUUACUAUUUACUCAGUCUUCCUGUUUUCCGAAAUUAGAAAGAAUACUAAUGUGGAUUGGCGUAACUUUAUCGGAAAGUCCCCACUUUCACGAUUACCCCAUUGGGGUAAUACCGGAAAGUAAAAAAAAACCAACCAACAUAACGAUCGAAUAACGGCCGUAAGUUAAAAUUUCGCCGAUGACGUAGCAUUAAAUAGGUGUUAUAUAUAUUUGUAUAAAAUAAUGCGAAAUUUUCAUUUUUACGGCCGAUUUUGUAUAAAUGUAGAUACAAUAGACAAGGCCGCCGUGCCGAUGUACUUCGCACCUUAUCAUUCAUAUGUUUAAAACUCAAAAUGCAAUGACGAGAAUUUUUUCAUUCGACCGCGUCGAAGCACUUUUUUCAGACCGAAUACUGAAAUGCUUGUUUUACUGCCUUAAUUGACUGCCAUUUAUAAAUUUAUGGGGAUUUUUGGCUUAACACGGCCACUGUUAAAGGCCAUAAAUGUCCCAAAAUAGAAACUCUUAUUGUCUAUGAUUUUUUUUUUAAUUUAUUAUAUUUAUGUGCUAAUGGACAGUGAACGUGUUAGCCUAAAGUUUCACCAAAAUCUAAAUAGUUGUUAAUUCUAACAUAGACGUUGGAUUAUUGUCGUGCAAAAUGCGUUCCAGUAUACGGUAGAAAGAGUGUUUAUUAUUAUUUUUAUUUUAAACUAUUACUUAAUUACUAAGUAGUCUAUUAUUAUUGUUCUAUGUUAUACACUUAUUAUGUUUUUUUUUAUUACGUCAAGCUAACAUCCAUAACUAAACGUACAUAAAUCCAGAAAUGAAAAAACUGCAAUUUUUUGGUGAAUAAUUUUUUUAUACAUAAAAACACCUAAAUUAUACCAGUCUUCCUUAUGAACGUUAAUUAGGUUUAUAAAAGGUUGCUUAGUUGAAAAAAUCUCAAACGGCAAAUGGGUUAUUACUUUAUUAUACUUUAAGGUGAUUUUGCUUAUUUGAAGAUUUUUUGUGAGGCCUUAAACAUUUAUCAAUAAAUUUAAUUUUGAAAAAAAUCAAAUGCAAGUAUAUUAUCAACUGUAUAGUAAAUGUAUAUUAUUAGAUGUUAUCACAUUAAGUGAAGGCUAAAACAAUGGCAUACAACUGGUGUCAGAAUUGUAGUGCAAAUAUGCUUUGGGUAUUUGGAUCAUUUUGUAAGACAUCAUAGUAUAAUUUUUUAGUUGUCAUAGUUACGUUAUACUGAUCUAUUCUUGUAUACUUUUGUCAUAUUUGGUCGUCCAUACAAAAUCACCAGGGUCAUAUACAGGGUGCUUGGGAGUAUUUCCCAUAACUCUAGGGUUAUAUUCUUUACCAAAAAUGAAUUUAAAAUAUUCAAGGAACAUGUGUUCUAAAAUUAAUGUUUUCGGGGUAAAUAUUAUUUACUUUGUAAAUAGAUCUUAAAAUGUGUCCCCUAUAUUUGCAUCCUUAUAAUUAUGACGUGGUCAAGUUUGACGUAUUUAAGAAUGCAAGUAUAGAUGUGUUACAUGGAUAGUCACAAUUAUUUGAAUUACUUUGUAUGAAAAUACAAAAAGUUAUAUUUUUUAGUUAUGCAAAAAAUAUUAGUCAUGCAGUUCGGCUCCUAUAAGUGGACUUGCCAACCACCUUCAAGUUAUGGGAAAUACUCCCGAGCACCCUGUAUAUGCAAUUAUUAGUGUAUAUCAGCGACACCAUCACCGAUAAGUGGCAAACGUAACGUAAAGUCCGAUUGUGUGAACGACCAAAGGAGAUGGUCGCAAAUUGUUUGUAGCUUAUAGGGAAAUAUCAUCAUCAUUAUCAGCCGAUGGACGUCCACUGCUGGACAUAGGCCUCUUGCAUAGACCUCCAAGCACUACGGUCCACCUAGUGCGGAGUCGCCAUUCCAGCACCUUGGGACCCCAACGUCCAUCGGCUCUUCGAACUAUGUGGUCUGCCCAUUACCACUGUCAGGUUCUUCUGCGGAUCUCCUCAUUUCUGAUUCGAUCACGCAGAGAAACUCCAAGCAUUGCUCGCUCCAUCGCCGGUGAGUGACUUUGAUCCUUCUAAUACUGUGAAAUAUUGAACUUUUGCUGAUUAUUCAAAUCCACGAAUUCACUUUUAUUUCAAUAAAAUCAUCAUUUAGAUUUAUUUAUUUCCUAAGAAAUGGAACACUAAAUAUGGGCAAUGAUGGCGGAUAUACUUUUGACGUUUGCUCUCAACGACUGGAAUGAACGCCAUCUUGGAUUUGAAUUAAAAAACUUAGAGACUGCACUAAAUUUUCAUGUUUAUCUAGUUAUUUAGUUCAAUUAAAAAAUUGUUGAUAUAUUUUAGACUAGAUAUCUAGACUAACCACAUCCUGAAGAGACACAAUGUUAACCAAUUCCGGCGAAGUAGUUUCAGUCCAAUCUCUUUCGUCCCAGCUCAACGAAAGAGAUGGCGAUAUUUCCGGUGGCGCAGCCUAUUGGUUAUAUUAUAUUGGUUGACAUUUGACUAUUUCUCUAUACGAAAUACGUCGUUCGGUCGGAUGUUAGGUGUACUAGUCCGAAAUACGCCAUCUCCUUUGACAAAUGUAUACCCAAUUAUCAAUUUAACGUAAUUCCAUGUUUCGUUUAUUUGUCUAAAAACUUAUACUAAGUCUUCGGAUGGAGUUCGUCAGGGGUAAAUAACAUUUUACUAAAAAAAAAUGAUUUUGUAUUUUAGGUGUAUAAAUUCAUGGGGCUGGAGUUAAGCAAUUUUGUGACUGUCUAUAUUUCAGUAAAGAGUAAUUUAUUAAGAGGAUUUUAUGAAAACUGCCUAGUUUCAGCCCCCAAUUCUGCCAUUGCGUCAUUCUGAUAUUAGUUUAGCAUAGAAUGGCAAUACUAAAGCUUUUAUUAUUUUAAGAUGGCAAUAUUGUAAUUUUAGUGCUGCCAGGUUGUGGUGGUCGACGAUGGAAUGAUAUUUGAUAUAUGAAGGCCGAUAUGUAUGCAAUGAAAUGAUUUUCCGCCGCAACUGUGACGUCACACUUAUAGGCAAACUAAAAUUGAGUCAUCGUUUGCGCAUUUCAGGGUAAAGAGGAGCAAGUGGGAGCUUUCGGUUUACUUGCCUUUGUAGUCAUCUAUCGCUACAUAGUAUAGUCCUUUUCAUGAAAAAAGUCCCUCAGACGUGACGUUAAUGUCUUAAUGACGUCAUUGUCAUUUGGUAAUGGCGGUCUCCUUGUCAUUUGUGUGUCAAUUCAGGUUCUAGCCAAGGGACUCCUUUCAUGAAAAGGACUCUAUACCGGAUAGCGUAGACAGGCAUUGCUUUACGUCACUGUUGUGUGUAUCGUGUCUUUUGUGCUAUGUAUUUAAAACAUCUAAAAUAACUUUGUAAAUAUUACAUUCCGUUGUCGAUGUGCCGCGCGGUUAUGUCACAUAUUUAUUCUGACAGUUACACCUGGCAACACUAAUAGAUAAUACAGAUAAAUAAAAAUUAUAUUUUAACCACUCAUCUAUGUAAAUAUUAAGAAUAUAUAAAAACACUUAUGUAGAUUUUUAGUAGCUUUUAAUUUAAACAAAAUUUGAAAAAAAAAUAUGCUUUUUCUAAUUUUUAUUAUAUUAUUGUAAUUAUUUAACUGGGUUACUAGAUUUAAUUGACGAUUAAAAAAAAAAAAUAUCCAUUGAAUUUUGAAAUAUGGAGGAAUAUGUUUAUAAUCCAUAAAAAUUCGUGGACACAGAAGGAUUGAUUUUUUUCCGCGUAUAAUGUAAUAUAUAUAUUUUUUUUUUAAUUUGUAAAAGACUGUGAUCAUUGGUUAAAUAUUUCAUUUACGAAGCGAACCUUUUUACAACACUUUGUACAUGGUUUGGAAAUUUAUAAAAAAAAGUGCAGCUUGUCAUGGCAUCCAUAACCAUGGGGAAGGUUCAUGGAAAAGACAAUUUGGUGUUAUUGGUUGGUCUAUAUUGUAAAUUGUCUAUGAUAUGACAUUUUCCCAUAGACAUCGUUGUUUCGUAAUGGUGAUUUUUAAAAUAAGAGUAGCGUAGGAAGAUUCGCUUCCGUUUCUUUUUUAAUUUCGUGAUAGUGUGAGAAAAAAAUCAGUCCUAAACGCAAAAUCACAUUACGACAUUUGUUUCACGUUAUGUGACUUUGGGAAAAUAUUUUUAAAAUUGAUAAAAAAAAAUAUCACACAUUGUCUCAUUUAGGUGUUACUCAUACAAAUUAUUUAAAAAAAAAUAAACUUUUUUUUAUCUAAUAUAAAUGUUAUCUAUUUAUUUUACGUAUCACGCGGUGUUCCUUGAUCUCUGGGGUUUUAUUUAAAAUAAUGUAAAAGUGUAAUUAUCAUUUUAUUCUAAUUCUUAAACGAUUAUAAAUAUUACUAAUUUAACAUUUAUACACGGAAGAUAAUUAAUUUUUGUUUUAAAAACGCAAAACAAAAUAAUAUUAAUCAAAAUGUUAGUAGUGGGGUCAGUUCUGGAACAGUCAUAGAUCACCGUUAGUUUGAAGUAAAGAUGUGUAUGAAAUGUGAUCUUCUGAGGUGCUUCAGUCCUCACUGAAUGUUUAAUCCCUUAAGGUUCGGACGCUCAGAGAUUGCGUUUCUGGCAGGUCGUGACCGAACGUUUUGUCUCAUUACUACAAAGACAAACAGUUGGUAUAAUCUUGAAACAGUUCGAAGUUACAUCGCCCAUUCGAUCACGACUUGUCAAAAACGCAAUCUCUGAGCGGCCUCGAAUACAAUUUCGAAUAUAGAUUCACAAAUAUUUAACUACCACACCAAACUGUAUCCAGUGGCGUGUACUUUAUACAUGCUAGAAAGCAUUGCUUACUCAGAGAACGCAUUACAAGCCCCAUAUCGAAGAAGACUUCAGUUUGUAUAAUUUAUAUUAUGUCCUAUGCCUACCCUAGUUACGAACUUUGUGCGCGCCACUGUCUGUAUCCCCCACUUUUGUUAUUGUUUAUUUUCGAAAUUGGCAAAUUUAAUGACGAAAAUUUCAAAAAUUUACAACACGGUUCAAGACGCUUGCAAAAUAUUAUGUAUCCAUAUAACAUUCAUACGAGUUAGUAAGAAAAGGUUUGUUAUCACUACGUUUUUAAUUUUUAAACGACAUUUUUGUUUUCAUUUGUAACACCUGGCGGAGUUAGGUUUUUACUAUCUAUUGGUAGUUUUUAGUUUCUUUUUUUAUCAGUAAAAAAUAAUUAAAUGAAAAAUUUGUUUUUAGCAAA